AUGGAAUUCGGAACAUUACCAUCCACCUGUGGCGUGGAUGUGUUUGAAAGCGAGGCGGAAUAUGGAUACAUGCUAAUGAGCACUAUCAUCCACGUGUUGUGUGCGCGAUCUGCGCUGAGGUACUGGAGUGCUGCGAUGGCUUCCAGUGUGGCGCUAGGGGUAUGGAGGAGUCGCCUGAGUGUUUGGGUGCGCCGCUGGAACGACUGUACGGGCUUCCAAAAGCUACGCACCACACUAUGGUGUGCAGUUUUCAUGGCUUGCUACGUCCUGCAGUGGGCAUAUUAUUCCACACUACCCACAGCAACAGCAGCAAGUAAAGGCUCUCUUGCUGGACUGCAUUCCACUCAGAAGGCCUUACAGAAUGGUGAUAUGUUUAUGUGGUACACAUCCACUGUCAGGGCCGCAACAAACACCAUUUAUGGUUUCAUACUUCUUAUGACCUGCUUUCAGCAUUUCGUUGGAUAUCCUCUUCUCACUCGGUGUUUGUCUAAGACAGGGUCCACUACACAUGCCCUUGAGGACACUCUGAUAGACCCCAACUCUGUAGAGUUCGACCUGGCUUGUCGCUAUGUUGGCAUGUUCUUUACUACAGUUCUGGCCUGGCUAUACUCCCCACGUGAGGUGCCGUUGGUGGUGCAGAUUAUCCUCCUCAUUUCGUUUUUCAUUACGCUCAUCAGACGAGGCAGUCUGCAUGCAUACCAACGAAUCCUCACCCGGCUACAGGAUACUCCAGCAUCUGCCGAGCAGGCCUGUGGGAUAUGUCUAGAUGACUUUGCAGAGAGUGAACGAGUAAAACAGUUACCUUGCGGUCACGUUUUUCACGGUCGGUGCGCGCGGCAUUGGUUGCACAUGCACAACGAUUGUCCUAUGUGUCGCCAGCCUGUGUACACGGCGAUGGGCUUACCCCUUUACUCGGGAUCGUCGCCGCAACGUGAGACCACGAAUCCUCCUGUUGCACGCCGGAAUGUUGGACAUUUGUCUGAGGAAAGUGGUAUCGUAGGGUCUGCGCAGCCCCUGUCCAGACGAUUGCCUCAGUAUGAACCUCGUGUCUGGGUGCCAACGAUGCCUGCGACUGAAGCCUCAAAUAUUCAUUUGAGCACGGCCUCCUGUCCCGCGGGACCUCCACCAAACGCACCCACGAUACUAGAAGAUGUGGUGCGAGAGGUAGAGCUGAGGCUGUCGUUGGCGACCCAGCGCCGUCAGCAAGUCUCACAAGUCUACCAUACGUUGUGCUGUGAGACGGAUGCUCUAUCUGAUAAUCACGAAUGUGGCAAGGAGAGUGAAUGUGAUCUGCAUGGGGGCAACGACUUGUUUCAGGAUGAACCACUGCGGCUAAGACCGCUGCACCACUCCCCGGAGCGAAAGAGAGCACGUUCUGCCAUAAAUCAUAGCAUACCUUCAGAAGAAGAACCCUGUGAGCUUCAGAGAAGAAGGACAGGGGACACUCCAAACUAA